GUCAUCUCCGGGCGCCGAGGGUGACUGGACUUGGGGUGGGCUUCCAGGGUUCCGCGGCGGCGCUCCGGGUUGUAUUUGCUGGAUACCGGCGGGCGGAAGUGCAGCAGGGUUUGGCUCCCACCACCGCGCCGGUACGGUCUGCGGCUGCGCGGGCUUUGGAGACUUCUGGCUCACGCGUCUCUGCGGGACAGUGUGUCAAGCCCUGCGCCGCUGUCCGUCUAGAGCCGGGGACUCGAUCCUCUUCAACAGUCUGGGAAGCCGAAGGAGGAGCCGGUGUUUCUGUUUGGCUUUGGUUGAAAAAAGAAUUUAGCCUAUAUGUACUGCUUUAACCACUGGAAGAAUGACAGAUGACAAAGAUGUGCUUCGAGAUGUGUGGUUUGGACGAAUUCCGACUUGCUUCACCCUGUAUCAGGAUGAGAUAACUGAACGGGAGGCAGAACCAUAUUAUUUGCUUUUGCCAAGAGUAAGUUAUUUGACGUUGGUAACUGACAAAGUGAAAAAGCACUUUCAGAAGGUUAUGAGACAAGAAGACAUUAGUGAGAUAUGGUUUGAAUAUGAAGGCACACCACUGAAAUGGCAUUAUCCAAUUGGUUUGCUAUUUGAUCUUCUUGCAUCAAGUUCAGCUCUUCCUUGGAACAUCACAGUACAUUUUAAGGGUUUUCCAGAAAAGGACCUUCUGCACUGUCCAUCUAAGGAUGCAGUUGAAGCUCAUUUUAUGUCUUGUGUGAAAGAAGCUGAUGCUUUAAAGCACAAAAGUCAAGUAAUCAAUGAAAUGCAGAAAAAAGAUCACAAGCAGCUCUGGAUGGGAUUACAUAAUGACAGAUUUGACCAGUUUUGGGCCAUCAAUCGGAAACUCAUGGAAUAUCCUGCAGAAGAAAAUGGAUUUCGUUACAUCCCUUUUAGAAUAUAUCAGACAACGACCGAACGACCUUUCAUUCAGAAGCUUUUUCGUCCUGUGGCUACAGAUGGACAAUUGCAUACAUUAGGAGAUCUCCUCAAAGAAGUUUGUCCUGCUGCAGUAGCUCCUGAAGAUGGGGAAAAAAAGAAUCAAGUGUUGAUUCAUGGAAUUGAGCCAAUGUUGGAAACACCUCUACAGUGGCUGAGUGAACAUCUGAGCUACCCGGAUAAUUUUCUUCAUAUCAGUAUCAUCCCACAACCAACAGAUUGAAGGAUCACCUGCUGGCUUGAACGGAAUCACCCUUGAACAGGAUUUACCAGAGCAUGUCACCCUCCUGCUUCACUCAGUUUUGGUGGAGGCAGCCUGACCAGAAACGCCGCUGCGAGCCACACAGGAAAAAGAUUCCCUGGCUGAUAAGGGCGCUCGGGCUGGUCUUACUGUGCAUCACCGCUGCUUCCCUCCACUGCCGUCAGUAAACCUCAGCCGCGGCAUGAAAGACUUCACAGGACCACUGCGAGUCUUCUGUUUUCUUGUAAAAUAUAAUGAAGCUGAAACCUUUGGCCUAAGAAGAAAAUGGAAAUAUGUGCCACUCAAUUUGUAUUUCUCAUUAACAAAUAAACAGGGGUAUUUCCUAAGGUGACCAUGGUUGAACUUUAGCUCGAGUGAGUGGAAACAUUGGUUUAAUUUUCAAGAGAAUUAGACUUAAGAAAGUAAAAGAGAAAUUCUGUUAUCAAUAACUUGCAGCAAUUUUUGUAAAAGAUCAAAUUACAGUAAACCCAUCUUUCCUUAAUGAAAAUUUCCUAUGUUUACAGUCUGUCUAUUGGUAUGCAAUCUUGUAACUUUGAUAAUGAACAGUGAGACAUUUUUAAAUAAAGCUUCGAAAUAUGUUUUGUCAUUUAAUAACAUACAAUUUUGUCACUUUUUCAGUGUUUUCUGACUCGCAUACAGAAGAUCUCUGUUUUUACUCAUGUGUUACUGUUCAGACUGGUCGUCAUUGGCAUGGAAUGAAUGUAAGGCAUAGAAUGACUUGUCUCAGGAGCUGUCAUAGAAUUUCUAGCUGCCGAUUUCUAAAUAAGUGUUCUUUACAGGCUAAAGGUGUAAGUAAUGUUAUCAUUUACCUUUGCUGUUGUUUUACUGCUGUACACCUGUCAGAUCAUAGCAUACUCAGCAUCUGUGUAGGAUAAUUUCACAUUUUUGGAAAAACUGAUCCCUUUCCAGGCUAGUGUUUUUCAUUGGAUUCAGGCCUAAUAUUUCACUGUGGCCGCUGGCAGCCAGUUUAAAAAAGUCUAAAGAUUACCUGACUGCAGUAGCUUUUCCUUUAUUCUACCAAAAAUAAUUCGGAAGUUAACUGGAUUUUUCCUUACUCAAUAUGAAGAAAUUUUUGCUGCACUUUAUUCCCACACUGCUGGAAUCCUACCAGCAAAAGUGUUUGUACAUUACACUUUAUUUCUUGUAAGCUAGCUUGCUGUCCGUAUUGAAUGUCGGCCCAUUUGGGUAUGCUAAAAGACAUAAUAUCAUAUAAUAAUGGUGUUAGAUUGCACAAUAAAAAUGAAUGUUUUUCUUAUAAAAAUUAUGCAUAUUGAAGUGAGAUCCUGCUGGUGCUCACUGCUUCCUUUUUUCCUUCAUUAAUUCAUAGCAAACUUGUUCACAAAAUGAGAUAAAGUUUAUCAAAGAUCGGAUAUUCUGGAAUGGAAGGUAUAAGGCUCAAUCAGAUAGAAAAAUGGGGUACCAAUGUGAUCAGCAAAAUGUGGAAGCAAGUAGCAAAUAACUGGCUAAUGUCAAUAAAAUGAAAAGUGCCAUUUUAGUACAGGCAAAAAAAAACUGUAUUUGAGUUACUUAAGGAUAAAAAACCCACUGACUGGUAUUUUUUUCAAGAAGUUGAUCUGAAUAUGAUUGUUCACCUUAAAAGUGUUUAUUCGUCUAUUCAGUUUGGGGAUUUUCCCCUUGAUGUUUUGACAGACUGAAGUGAGCUUCAGUGAGCAAAAGGAUCGAAGUGCCAGGGAGUGCUAAGCUGUGAAGAAGAAAGUGUGGUGAGAACAGUACGAAGUACUUUUCCACAGACAAGACCCUUGCAAGGUCCCUGCAGUGGAUUCACAUGAGCUACUAAUGAUCUUUACUUCCAGGUUUGAAAGUAAAUUUUAUCAAGCCGUUGCCCAUUUUCACUUACUUGUUCAUUAUUAUACCAGUUUCAUAACUCUAUUACUCUAGUCCCAGGUAAGUCAAGCCUCUGAUACCGAGAGGCACAAAAGAAACAGAAAUUAGUGCUGGCUUAAAUA